GGUAGGGAAUGAUAGUACGGGUAAAGGUGGGAGGUAGCGCGAAAUCCUGCUCUCAACCACAAGUCCUUAACUAACUAACAUACACGAUUCUCUCCUCCUUCACAUUUCUGAAACACAUAGCUCCACCUUUUCCCCUAGCUUCCAUUUCCUGUUAUUAUUCAAAUAAAACCAAUCGAAUUGGGGAAGUCCGGAUCUUUGUCGCUUGAUUUUGACAGAGAGCAGGCAUUCCCCGGCCGGCCUUCUGCGUCCAAGCUUCUUGUUCGUGCGCUGCAGGAGGGACCUCAUCAAUAACCUAACCUACCAUCUUCUUCUCAUCCAACGCUGCCCGCUGCUGUAUAUAUAUUUAUGCCGAAUUAGAUUGAAGGAGUGAUGCAAGGGCAAAAAAUGGGGGAGCUGGAGGAUGAGCUCAGAGAAACCCGGGAGCAACUCGGCUUCGCUGAGGACCAACGGAACCGAGCCCUUGAAGAACUUCAGGAGAUCAAACAUGAGCUCAAAACUAUAAAAGAUUCGCUUUCUGUCACACAACAACAGCUGGAGCUCAAGGACGUCAACAUUGAGUCUUUAAAAUCUGAGCUUCAAAGAGCCAAAGACGACAACAUCCAAUGCUAUGAACACAAACAGAAUGACCAUGAACUUGAAAUUCUAAAACAUAGACUUUCUGUCUCGCAAGAAAGUGAGGAGGCCGCAUUGUUGAAGGUCACCAGUUUGAUCGAAGAACUAAACUCACUGAAGAACGAAGUGAAGCUGGCAACGGACGCGGAGGAGAAAAGCAGAAAGGCAAUGGAUGAUUUGGCGUUAGCCUUAAAGGAAGUCGCGACCGAGUCCGCUGAGGCUCGGGGCAAGCUUUCCGGUACUCAGCUUGAACUCGACCAAGUCAAACAAGAAGCCCAAAAGCUUAAAGAAAUGGUGAGAGGCAGCGAGGAGAGGUACGAGAAGCUCUUAGAAGAUGCCAGGAAAGAAACCGAGAUGCAUAGGAAUACAGUGGAGAGGUUGAGGUUAGAGGCAGAGGAGUCAAUUUUCGCUUGGAACGGGAAAGAGAUGGGGUUUGUUACUUGCAUCAAAAGGGCAGAAGAAGAGCGCGCGGUUGCCCAACAUGAAGCCAAUAAGCUAGCUGAGGCCUUAAGGGCAGCCAGGGAAGAGAGCUAUAAGUUGAGGGAUAUAUUGAAACAGGCCAUCAACGAAGCCAAUGUUGCUAAAUCUGCUGCUGACAUAGCCCGGGCCGAAAACUCCCAACUCAAAGAUCUCUUGUCCGAGAAGGACGAAUCACUACACUUCCUAUCCCGGGAGAAUGAACGUCUCAGGAUUAACGAGGCUGCAGCCAACGAGAACGUCAAGCAGUUCAAACUAAUGCUCUCCUACGUCUCCCGAGAGCUCAAAGCUGAGGAAAAGGAGGACUCACCCGAGGAAGAAGACGAUGAGGAUGACGAUGAUGAAGACCAUUUGCAAAUGACCAACGGGUUAGAUCCAAGAGACGAAGAGGAGGAUGAAGACUACCACCCUGUGGUGAGAAAGUUCAGCUUCGGCCUUAGCGAGCUGUCGUUGCUCAAGGACGAGGACGAAGAUGCACAUUCGCGGAUUGAACACGAGGACCCCGAGAAGCUAGAGGCGCUUAAAGGGUCCAUCUUCGACACGCCAUUCUCGCCCAAGUCAGAGCCGCGGACUCCACAGCGACACAUGACGCAUCACCGACGCAAGUCGACCGCGUUCACGGACGCAGAAGGAUCGCCGAGUGCAGAAGAUGCUGAAAAUAACAGUGCUGACAUUCACCAUCAUAUCGAUGAAUCAGAUAAUGAAAGGAUUUCACAUAGAAGGAAAAGAGCAUUGUUUCGUAGAGUUGGAGACCUUUUAUUGAGAAAGAGUUUCAGCAGGAAGGAACCAUCCCCUGUACCAUCACCUUCCCCAGUCUCAGUUCCACCACAAUCCCCAAUCCAUGAGUAGGCCAGCCUCUAUUCAUUUUUUUUGUAUUUCAUAGCUAUCUAUACACAUACACAUACACACCUCUAAAAGCUAUGACGUUUUUUAGAUUCACAUAAUUAUAACUCGCCCCAUUGAUAUGCCCAAUGUGCGAAUGUUCUUGUACAGAGUAAUAUUUUUCUUUACGUAGUACGUAGUAUUCUUUAAGGAAUUCUCAUUCUUUUUUUGCUGUAAGGAACUCUCAUUCUUGU